CAGAAGCCAUUGGUGUUCUCAUCACUGGACCUGACCGACGAUGACGCAUACUUGGGCGAUAUCGCAAGCGUGCAGAAACUGGGGGAGAUCAAGCUAGAGAUUUGGCGAGUCCAACUUGGUGAGACGACCUCUCGUUUUGUUUCAAGAGGGCCUCCGAAGGAUCGGAAAGUCCACGAACGCACGAAGAAAGCGGGCUCCCACAGCGUCAAGCUAGGAGAUGAGGUUCCCUGCACUAAGACGAGGCAAAGGAACGUAGUGAAAUUGGAUCGUGUACCGGUGGUAACUUUUAUCUUCCGUUAUAAUCCCAUAGAGGUCCUUCGGGCCAAUGGAAUAGCGCCCUUGGCUCCUGUCCCGCGACCUGCUGCACCUUCGGCUGAUUCUAAAGAUGUCGAUGUGAAACCGAAGCGAAAGGGGGUUGCUUUGAAUGACGACAUUAUAGAUUUGACGGUAGAAGUCGUCGAUAACAAGACGAAGAAAGUGAAGCAAGAGCCCGGCGCGAGGGAUCGCAAAGCUGUCCGGUCAGGAGAAAUCAUUGACCUGACUUGAGGUCUCUGUGCAGCCGUCACCGCUUUAUACGCUGUGAAGCUUUUCAUUGACUGUGCGUCCUCCCUGUCAUUUGUUAACUUACAUGGUGGAAUCCAUCCUUGGGGCGUUAAUAUGCCGGAGGUCAAUAGUUACUAUUACUGCCUUUUUGUAAUCCCACGUGUGGUUCGUCGGUCUUGCUGUAUUACCAUAUAUGCAAAGCGUACUUGAAAGGCC